CCACUGUAAGUGUAGGCACUUUUGCAUUUGAAUUCAACGUCUCAAAGCCUUCUUGGUACAUCUCUGGUGACAAGUUGAAUCAUAUCAAUAUCAAACACCAUCCAAUAAGUUAUUCAAGAACCUCGGUAUUGAAGAGUAUUUUAGAAGGAAAUCCAAAUUCAGAAGAUGUUUUUCAGUCAAUUUGAUUUGAAAUAAAUCCACAACUAUGCGUUGUUCUGCUCGGUGCAUAAACCUAAAUUGUUCAAAAUCAAUUCAGUUGGAUCACUCCAUAGUGGAAAGCUUUGCUCAAGGAGGGAGGACAGUCAUCACAUCACGAGUUUAUCCGACAAAGGCAAUAGACGGAGCAGCUCGAGUAUUCAUGUUUAACAAUGCCACAGGAUUGAAUGUCAAGGCAUCAGCAAAGAUUUGGCAAAUGGAUUCAGCAGAUAUUCACCCUUUCCCCCUGUAA